CCUUCUGAAACCCUUAAGUCCUUAAACCAUUUGUUUCGCUCCUAAAACCCUACUCACCAGUCACAACCAUGUCUUCUUCCCUUCUCCUCCACCGUUCAAAACCCUUGACAAAAGUUUUCCGCUUCAGCUGGGUCUUUACCCGGCCCAUGGGCGGUGGUCCACGGACCUUCCCCGGUGGCUUAAACAAAUGGCAAUGGAAGCGCAUGCACGAGAAGAAAGCCAAGGAGAAAGAAAAGCGACUUCUCGAUCAAGAAAAACAACUCUAUCAAGCCCGUAUCCGUUCCGAAAUCCGAACCAAACUCUUCUCCAAAUCCGACCCGGGUUCGAAACCCGACCAAGAAUCCACCCACCACACUCCCAUGACCCCCCAACAGCACAUCAAAGCGUUGGCAGAUCGCUUCAUGAAAGCUGGGGCUGAGGAUUUAUGGAAUGAAGAUGAUGGGCCUUUGAAAGCACCGGAGGAACAAUCACUAUCGAUUGGACCAACAAAUGAACGGCCCAGAUCGUUUGGUUCGCCAAUUGAUUUGACGAGCAUGAUAUCAGAUAAGCGUAAUUUAGUUGAUAAUAAUUAUAGAAACGUGAAUUCUGAAAAUGUUAAUUUUAGUAACUAUGUGAAAACUAGAAAUUAUUCGGUUGCAAGUGGAAGGAGUUAUAAUACUGCACUUAAUUUAGCGGGUAAUGUUGCUAAAACUGUGAAUAAUUCGAGAAAUGGAAGUGAUUUCGUGAAGAAAAUGAAUUUUUCGAGGCCAGAUAAGAUGAGGUUUAGUAGAAACAAUGGUUCUCCUGGUGAAGAUGAAUUGGGUUUGGGCACAGUAAAUAAAGAGAAGCCUUUUGCUUGCAAUUUGGGAAAUACUCGCAAAAAUGGUAAUUCAAGGAAUUUCAGUGAGUUUAUAAAGAAAAGGGGUUCUGUGGGUCAAAGGAGGUUUAAAAGAAACGACAGUUCUUCGAGUGAUUAUGAUUCAGAUUUUGAUUCAGUGGAUGUUGAUGAGCAAGUGGAAGGUUGGAGAGAUGUGAAGAAGAUCGGGAGUAGUGCAUCUUUGGGGAAGUAUGAUAUGAAGAUAACAAAAAGAGUGCCAUUAAAGAAUCUUGAGAAAGAGAGUGAUUUUUCGGAGCAGGUGGAGUUGAUUAGGAAGGAGAUUAGUAAGAAAAAAUUGGCUGAAAAUGGUGAGCAAAAGGUGCAGAGGGAGGAAGAAUCGAUUCUUAGUCAGAAAAGAUUUGAUGAGUGUGGGAUAUCUCCAUUGACUGUCAAAGCACUUACAGCUGCUGGCUAUGUUCAAAUGACCAGGGUACAGAAUGCUACUCUUUCUGUUUGCCUUGAGGGGAAUGAUGCUUUGGUCAAAGCCAAAACUGGCACGGGAAAAAGUGCUGCUUUUUUGCUUCCGGCAAUUGAAACAGUUUUGAAGGCCACGAGUAGUGGGAUCAGUCAACGGGUGCCUCCAAUAUUUGUUCUUAUUCUCUGUCCCACAAGAGAGCUUGCAAGUCAGAUUGCAGCUGAAGCUAUUGCUAUGCUGAAGUAUCAUGAUGGCAUAGGUGUGCAAACACUAGUGGGAGGUACUCGUUUCAAAGUUGACCAGAAACGCCUAGAAGCAGAUCUGUGUCAGAUAUUAGUUGCAACUCCUGGCCGGUUGCUGGAUCAUAUCGAGAAUAAGUCUGGAUUGUCUGUGCGUCUGAUGGGAUUGAAAAUGCUUGUACUUGAUGAAGCUGAUCACUUACUAGACCUGGGAUUCCGGAAGGACGUGGAAAAAAUUGUUGAUUGUUUGCCCCGUCGGAGGCAGUCCAUAAUGUUUUCUGCAACAAUUCCGAAGGAGGUUUGUCGAAUAUCUCAGCUAGUUUUGAAAAGAGAACACACAUAUAUUGACACAGUGGGUCUGGGUUGUGCGGAAACUCCUUCUAAGAUUAAGCAGUCUUGUCUUAUUGCACCUCAUGAAUUGCAUUUUCAAAUAGUGCACCAUCUAUUGAAGGAGCAUAUCAUGGAAGCACCUGACUACAAGGUCAUUGUUUUCUGUUCAACUGGGAUGGUAACAUCACUCCUGUAUUUGCUUCUCCGGGAAAUGAAAAUGAAUGUGAGGGAGAUACAUUCUAGAAAGCCUCAAUUAUAUCGAACUCGUAUCUCUGAUGAAUUCAGGGAAUCAAAGCGACUUAUUCUUGUUACGUCCGAUGUAUCAGCACGUGGAAUGAACUACCCUGAUGUUACUUUGGUUGUUCAGGUGGGUAUUCCUUCCAAUCGGGAACAAUACAUACAUCGACUUGGGAGAACAGGUCGAGAGGACAAAGAAGGAGAAGGCAUCUUGUUGCUUGCGCCAUGGGAAGAAUAUUUCCUGGAUGAUUUAAAAGAUUUGCCUCUUGACAAAUUUCCUUCACCGCAUUUAGAUCCAGACUCUAAACUUCAGAUGGAGGCUUUGAUGGCGAAGAUUGAUAGUAGUGUUAAAGAGGCAGCAUACCAUGCUUGGCUUGGUUAUUACAACUCAAUGAGAGAAAUUGGUAGGGAUAAGACAAUGCUUGUCGAACUAGCCAACAGAUUUGCCCAGUCCAUCGGUUUACAAAGGCCCCCUCCCCUCUUCAGGAUGACGGCACUGAAAAUGGGUUUGAAAGAUAUACCUGGCAUUCGAAUCCGAAAGUAGCACAAAUUUGAGAAUAUAUAUAUAUAUAGAAUGUAAGAAUAAAACCUCUUUUUUUUUUUUUAAUAAAUCGUAGUAGUAACUCAAAGCACAUGUUUUUACUAGCGUCUGGUGGGACAAUCAGACCAUUAAUCCAAGGCCACUUCUGAAAACCA